AUGUUCAAUGCAUUAAGUUUUCGAUCACAGAGUAAAUCAAUUUUCACAUUGGGUUUUUUCACAAAUCGUAUGUUUGUACUAGCUGUUGGUUUAUCAUUAUUUGGUCAAUUACUAGUAAUCUAUUUCCCACCAUUACAAACUGUCUUUCAAACUGAAUCAUUAACAUUGAAAGAUCUAGGUUUUCUAGUUUGUUUAACAUCGUCCGUAUUCUUUGCGUCCGAGUUACGCAAACUUAUUCGCAUACGAAAAGGUGUCCACUUCUGGGCAAAAUACCUUCUAUCUAUUAUUAAAUUCCCGAGACAUACAAAAAUGGAUGAUAAUAUGUUCCCGUCAAACAUCGCUUCCCGUGAUAUGACCAACAGAUUUGUUUACUUUUUACCCAAAGAAGCUACUUAAUCUCAAACUCAUGUUCUGAGAACCUUCCAACAUUGGCAGAGUCAUUUGAAGAGUGAUGCAGUACAACGCAAUUUCAAGAAGGUAUGAUAUUCCUGGAUUUUUUAAUAAAACAUAUUUGACAACCUACUAACAAUACUGUCUUCCCACCAGGGGUAGAAGAGACAAAGAUAACUUGUCGUUUAAAGUUCUAAAUCAUCAAACUUCCCUGCUAUCAGGUUUCCUCUAAUCAGAAG